AUAUAUAGAUCACUUUUGUCUGGUGAUAAAAAAGCUUGGUGUAGCGUGUAUGUUUAGUAUAAACAAAACGUUUUGAAUUAUGGAAGAAAGUUCGUCCACAUUUCCAAAAGCUUCUGAGAUCUUUAUUCAUACUGGUAACAUUGUAAAUUGGAACCGCUUAUCGAAGCGUAUACAACAGACCCCAAAAGAGGAGUUAGCGGAUUGUAUUAAGCAUUCAUUACACGAAUGGCUCAAGACUUCGGAUAAGGAUGAUUUACAAUAUAUUGAAAAGCUAUCGAUAAAUACAAGUACGGAAAAGUUGAGUUUAGAAGAUCGAAGUAAUUUUAAGAUAACUGUAAAGUUAUUUAUGAAUCAAGCUAAUCCGAAUUCUCUUGACGAAGCUAUUCAAGAUGUGAUGACGGAAUUGGGAAUAAAAACUAUCGAAACUGUUUUGGUAGCCUUACCUGAAAAGUUAUUCACUUUCGAGAAUAUUGAAAACAUGUGGACAAAACUAGAGGAAUAUGUUGACGAAAAUAAAAUCUUCAGUAUAGGUUUCUCCGAUUUGGAUACUGAUGAGUUAGAGCGUCUAUAUAAUACAGCUAAAAUUAAACCCACAGUUAAUCAAGUCAAUUUGGAUUCUUGCUGUGAAAUGCCAACAGAAAUGGUAAAUUUCGCGAAAGAGCACGACAUUACUCUACUUACCCACAAUGAUCCGACAGAUAUCAUAACGAACUCUGCACUGCAGCAAAUUAUCCGUUCAGAGUCUACUGAGAGAGAUGGAGCAGGUUGGCAAGCUACUUAUACCACAAGAUACUCAGUCUUGAUCAAAUCUCGUGGAAUAAUUCACAGCAAAGGCUAUUUACUAAAAGGGAAAAAAGGAUGGUAUGAAAAAGAAGAAGUUGUAUUAAGCGUCUAAGCCUCGACAGUCAGCUUUCUUGAAUUUUAAUGGUCUAUUUUUUUUUAGAAUAUCUCUAAAGAUCUUAAAAACAAUUUGAAGAAAAGCAGGAACAAGCUGUGCCAUUAAAGAAAACGGGAUAUAUAAUGCAAUAUUUUUUCAAACAAUCACAGCUACUUAAUUGCCUAAUUAAUAAACGAUUAAUUAAGUAAAAUAUUUUGUUUUGUUUUAAUAAAACUAAUCAUUUUCGCGA